CUGAGAAGCCGUGCGUAGACCACCUCUCCAGUCCAGUCCAAAGCCUGGAUAGAGGUGUAUUCUUUAUUAAUUUGUUUGUUUGCUUGAUUUUGCCGUUUUGAAACGUUCUAGCAUGCGUCCGUAACUAUGUUGGCGUAUCGGUCCAAAGGUGGCUCAGACGAACCGGGUCUCAGUGAUGCCUUAGCGUCGCGUUACGUGCGACAGAGCAAGCAAACCUAUCGCAAAGUUUCGCUAUUGUACAGUAGAUGAGUGCGCGUGGACUUUAGGACAGUCCAGCACGUCAGCACACUCGAGUCUGUCCCCUUGACAACACUACUUCUCCGGUGUCCUGAGUUUAGCUUUGUUUUGGGGUCAGUCAAACACGGAGCACUUUUCGCCGUGUCUGCGGACAGGUUUAGUGGAUUUACGCUGUGUCCAAGGAAACGGAAGAUUAGAAGCUGAUGCUGUUGAGGUGAUUCCUGAACCAUUCCGAGUCCAUCUCUCUUCCUCGGCUCUGUCUCUACAUGUGCCCAGGGAAGCACAGAUAUAGCAGAAGGCCACUGUGCUGACAGACUUGGUGACAUCAGGAACUCCUGCCUUGGUUCCCUCCAUUGUGUCUGAUGGAUCUCAGGCUUGUCUCAUUGAUGCUCGGAACACUACUUAUUCUCGUGACCUCUGAGCCACGGCCAUCCGUUGGACAGAAGGUCUACACCAACACAUGGGCCGUCCACAUCACAGGGGGAGAGCAGGAAGCCAACCGGAUCGCUAAAAAGCAUGGCUUUGUAAACCACGGGAAGGUUUUUGGAGAUUAUUAUCACUUCAGGCACCGCAGAGUGGUGAAGAGGUCUUUAUCAGAGCACAGAGGAACACACAUUCGUCUGCACACAGAACCUCAGGUAAUGUGGGCGGAACAGCAGGUGGUGAAACGAAGGAAGAAGAGGGAUAUUUACUAUGAGCCGACCGAUCCGAAGUUUGCACAGCAGUGGUACUUGUACAACGAAGAUCAUCGUGACCUCAACGUGAAGGAAGCCUGGAAGCGGGGUUUUACUGGACAAGGCGUCGUCGUGUCCAUAUUGGAUGAUGGAAUUGAAAAAAACCACCCAGAUCUGAUUCAAAACUAUGAUCCAGAUGCUAGCUAUGAUGUUAAUGAUGGCGACCCAGACCCACAGCCUCGAUACACCCAACUCAACGAUAACAGACAUGGGACACGUUGUGCUGGAGAGGUUGCUGCUGUUGCCAACAAUGGCAUGUGUGGUGUCGGAGUGGCCUACAAUUCAAAGAUCGGAGGUGUGCGCAUGUUGGAUGGAGAGGUCACUGAUGUGGUGGAAGCUCAGUCCCUCAGUCUCAACCCACAGCACAUUGACAUCUACAGUGCCAGCUGGGGACCCGAAGAUGACGGCAAAACGGUGGACGGACCUGCAAAGCUGGCCAAAGAAGCUUUCCUACGCGGCGUGAAUGAGGGCCGUGGAGGACGGGGGUCUAUCUUUGUGUGGGCUUCAGGGAACGGCGGCCGAGAGAAGGACAGCUGCAACUGCGACGGCUACACGAAUAGCAUCUAUACACUGUCCAUCAGCAGCAGCACGCAGAAUGGCAAUGUGCCCUGGUACAGCGAGGCAUGUUCGUCCACCCUCGCCACAACCUACAGCAGUGGAGGCCUCAAUGAGAAACAGAUUGUCACUACAGACCUCAGGCAGAAGUGCACUGACUCCCACACAGGCACCUCUGCCUCAGCCCCUCUAGCGGCAGGAAUCAUCGCCCUCGCCCUUGAGGCCAAUAAAAACCUGACCUGGAGAGACAUGCAGCAUCUGGUUGUGAGGACGUCCAACCCUGCCCACCUCACCACCAAUGACUGGAAGACAAAUGGAGUGGGUCGCAGAGUAAGUCAUUCUUAUGGAUAUGGUCUGCUGGAUGCUGGGGCCAUUGUGGCCCUGGCAAAGAACUGGACGAAUGUUGGACCUCAGCGGAAAUGUGUCCUGUCCUUGGUUUCUGAGCCUAGGAAUAUUGGGAGUCAUUUGGUGAUCAAUAAGAGUGUGGAUGCAUGUGCUGGGACGGACAACUUUGUGAGCUCAUUAGAACAUGCUCAAGCCCAUCUCACCCUGUCCUACAACCGCAGAGGAAACCUGGCCAUCUACCUGAUCAGCCCACAGGGCACCCGCUCCACGCUGCUUGCACCCAGACCUCAUGAUUACUCCUCUGAUGGCUUCAGUGACUGGGCUUUCAUGACCACCCACUCCUGGGAUGAGGACCCUCGUGGAGAAUGGACGUUGGAGAUUGAGAACGUGGCUGGAACCAAUGACUAUGGCACUCUGACUCAGUUCACACUGGUCCUCUAUGGCACAGCUUCUAGAUUAUCCGGCCCUUCAGCAGCAGACUCCAGCAGCUGCAAAACAUAUGACCUCAAUCAGAUCUGCACAGAGUGCAACCCCGGCUUUUUCUUGCACAACAAGGGCUGCGUGAGAGACUGUCCAGCAGGUUUCAUCGCAGGCACUCGCUCCAUUUUCCUCCCCAACAACGAGGUGACGUCCGUCCUCCGUCCUGCCUGCCAGUCCUGCGACCCCAUCUGCCUCACCUGCAGCGGCACGGGCCCUCAGAGCUGCCUCUCCUGCCCUCCUCACAGCCACCUGGACGCUGUCAGCGGCACCUGCCUGCACCAGAACCACAUCCAGCGUGAGUCUCCGGACGGCGGGCUGUUCCAGACGCAAGGUGGUGGCUCGUCCAUCAAACUGCACCCAGAGCUCACCUCUCGCCUGCCUGCAACCGUGGCCGUGCUCAGCUGUGCCUUCAUCGUGGCUACGUUUGUGGCCGUGUUCGGCUUCCUGCAGAUGUACACACGUAAACAGAACAAACUACUGUCUGCUGAAGCUGGGCCAGGAUCUGGCUUACUGGUUGGGUUUGGUUUCAACCGCACCGCAGUGGCCUACAAGGGCAUCCCAAGCGUUUGGAGGGAGGACGUGGGCAAUUCCGAGUCAGAGAACGAGGAAUUCGAGAUCCGCAAUGAGAGGACUGCCUUCAUUAAAACACAAAGUGCUCUUUAACACCCUUCUUGCUCACGUUCCUUCCCUCUCUAGCCUCUGUGGCACUGUUGUCUCUUUUUUUUUUUUUUUUUUUUUUUGUGUGAUUUCCUUCUUGGGUUCGUCUGAGCAAAUCUUAAUUCUGGGGGGUUUGGUUUGUUUUUCGCACCUGUCGUAGUUAUAUGAGCCAUGAUUCACCUGGGUGUUGACCUCUCUCGGUGCCUCAAAAUGGAAAGCUUCCAAUCACAAGCGACGGUGAUGAGCCGAUGGUCACAGGGUUGCCCCGGAAUAACAAUAAACAUGAUUAUUGUUUGGUCUCUUCCUGUUGCCUAGUGAGAUUUUAAGUAACAAGAUUGAAUCAUUUGCAUAGGAGGAAAACAAAGCUUUUCUUUGAGUGUAUGAGUGUGUGUGUAUAUGUGUGUGUUUGAGAGUGAAACUACGUUUAUAUGAAGUCAGUCAGUGCUCCAGUGGGUUGGAUCCACUGGCUUUGCGCAGGGAGCCUUUUAGAAGAACAUAUCACUAUUUCUACAUGGUCAGAUGGAGAGAGGAGCAGUGUGUUGUUAAAUGUGUUUGAAGAGCUUACUGCUCCCCCUAGAGUAUCUACAUUCACAAAUUCACAGUGUACAGCAGGCUGUUUAAAGGAAUAGUUCUCCGAAUGAUGAAACCUGACAUCAUUUGCUCACCCUCAUGUCAUUGCAAACCUGCAUUGUUUUCUUAGGUGAAAAAAAAAUCUAAAUGCCUCUAAAUUUUAUAUAUAUAUAUAUAUAUAUAUAUAUAUAUAUAUAUAUAUAUAUGUAGUGCUGAUGAUAGUGAAAUGAUUAAUCACAUUCAAAAUAAAGGUUAAGAACACACCAUACCACUUUUAUGGUGUAUUUGUUGUCAUUUUUGAUGCUCGACAGCUUUGAUCUGGUGAUUAUCAGUAUCUUUUCUGUUUCUUUGAAGAUCUCAUGCAGGUUUGAAAAGACACGAGUGAGUAUUUUCAUUUUAUUUGUGAGUUUCUUUGUGAACCGCAGUAUGCCUGCACUCUCUAACCGUACCGCAUGUGGGGAGAAAUCUCUGAAGUCAGUCAGUCCUUCCGAGCCAGCUCGGCAACUUUAAGCUCUUCUCUUUUCUAAAUCUGUCCUCCAGUCAAGGUUUGAAACACUAGAAACGGUCCCGGCUAAAGGCCUGUCCUGAAAAGAUCUGGCUUCGAUGUUGUCAUGUUCAUGGGAAUCAUCCAUGGUUGUGUUUUUGAAAUAAAUCAGAGACAGGGCUGUGAUGACCCUCACCCAGAGCAGCUUGGGUUUUAUAGACGUUUGGUUGUUUUCUUCUGCUCGAAUCAUUUCAUCAGGUAAUUUUCUUUGCUUACUACUGUUUGUUAUUAGUAGUACGCUUGGCCUCGUCAGCUCAUCUGCCCAGAAUAUAGUGCUGUUGUAUUUUUGUUUUUAUCCAAAUUACAUAUUCAUAAUCCACAUGUUGCUCUUAUGCAUUAUCUUCAUGAAAUGACAAUGUUAUCUAUGGAAUCUGUGCAAUAGAGACCCAACAGAGCUAAUGCGAUGAUGUGCUGAUUUCUUCAUCAUAUCCUAUCAGCAUUACUAUCAACCUUUCAAAACCAGUUUCUUACGACUGCACCAAACAAAGACAAGGACACAGUAUAGGCCAGUUCACAAACUACUUGCACCAUCUUCAGCCUUGCCCUUGUUUAGUUUAAACACGUUUUUACAUGAUUAAGACUCAUCUCUUUUUUUUUUUUUUUUUUUUUUUUUUUUUUAAGUGUGUCCUGUUCAUCUACACAGUCUCUAGACUAACAGAACAUCUUCAUUGACGACACCCUACAGUUUCACAGCUGUUGAAUAUCUCGUGACUUUAUGCUAAUGUUUAUUUGUUGAUCUGGUACCUCCCUGUUCUUAAAACAAGUUUCAAAUUGGAACUUUUCAUCCCUCCUUGUAUUAUUUGUAUAAGAGUUCAACUUGAAGCUGCAAUUUACUAUUUAGCUAAACAGCUGUAUAGGACUUCAGUUUUGUUUUUCGUUUUUUUUACAAUAAAUAUAUAGGUCUUCAGUUUAUUUACAAAGAAUGAAUUUGCGGUGAAAUGAAUGGCUAAAUUUCAAAGAAUGAAAUUGAACACUUUUAAAUUCAUUUAGCGCUCACACACACACACACAGAGAGUUGCAACUACUUUCUAUUUUUAAUACUCUCAACAUACAGUACAUGUUAAUUCAAUUCUCUACACUUUUGUUUAGCUAAACUGUAAAUAGCUGUUCUGCCCCCUGCAGUAAUGACUGUGUUACAGCUGUUUUGGAAAGCCUCAAAGACUGUGAAGGCGUGACCAAAAAGCACAGAUGAAAAUCUGCUUGCCUUAGAGGGAUAACAUGACCUGAAAAAACACACUGAAAAAAAAAAAUUUAUAACUUUUUUAAAUUGAGGUUUGUUUAAGUUUUGACUUAGAUAAGUGAUUUAACCAUACACCUUCAGAGAAUGCUUGAAAAGGCUGUUGAAAGACAUUUUAGGAGUUGUGGUCUAAACUUGUCGUGGCUGCAGUUUUUACAAGGUCACACGUAGUAGGUUUUCACCCUGAUGGUGCGAUGAUUGCAUUGUGCUUUAAGGGCUUGUUUGUGUGUGUGUGUGUGUGUGUGUGUGUGUGUGUGUGUGUGUGUGUGUGUGUGUGUGUGUGUUCAGGCUCAAGUGAGAACCUUCUGGAACCAUAGGAUUAUUUUCAUCUUUAUUUGAAGAGUCAACUGAUGCAUGUAGAUUCCCAAGUAGAAAACACCAAUCAUUUGUAUGACUACCUGAGACAGGACAGCUAUAUAUAAAAUUAGGCCUAUUUUUGUACUAUAUAUAUGGUGCAUUGUCAUUUACAUUUAAUUUAAAGAUUAUUUGCUGUUUUUUUCUUUUUAUUUAAUUGAUGUCAAUAUGCUAAUUAUAGAUUAUACAAAAAAAAUAAAGAUCUAUGCAAACUUCA